AUGCGCAAAGGCGGGCCCGUUCUCGAUGCUCAGAUUGUCGGCUUCGUGAAUAAUACGCUGCGUUUCCAAGUUGACGCGGGAGCCAGCGGAGGAAUCGAUAACCCGCCGGCUGCUUCAUACGACGUGUGCGUCAAGUACUUCUAUAACUUUGGUUACGGUGGACGAGCGGUCUUCAAAUGGCUUGGCGAGUAUGCAUUGAAGCCGAAAACUCAUGGUUCCACCUCGAACACCAAGCGCAGCACCCUCGAGCCCGACCUUCUCGGCGCAGAGCGGUUUAUCCCAAUCUACAACGCCACCGAGUUUGUGGACGAUGGCUGGGAUACACCGACUCGCCUCUUGGCGCCUCGUUCCCUGCAGAAGCGCAAGACUCCCGAGGAGGUUGCCGCGUUUGGUCUUAACAAGGGCUUCUUCACCUGCAAUGACGGGGGUCAGUGCAAGAACGGCGGGUGUGACGGUGAUACCUGCGAAUGGAAGCCUAAGCCGUCGAGCCUGACCCGACGUGCCGACGAUGAUGACGGCGACCCGAUGGACGUCGACUCCAGUCAGAGCUGCAUUAGCUCCAUCCCUGCCGUGAUGUACAACUGCAAGUACUUCCCGGACAACCGGGUGCGAGACAGAGAAAUCCACGGUAUUUGCCAUAAUGUAUUGAAGUUCUUCACAGACGAGGGUCUGGGUACGGGACCCUUGACAGCAACCUUCCAUAUAAACAAACAGGGCGCCCCAGACACCAAUCGACAGUGGGUGUGCGGUGCCAAGUCCAAGCACAAGUACAAGUACAUCGAUGAGAAUGGUGUGGAACAGGAAAAGGACAAAUCGUGGAAGGACGAAUGUGUGGACAAUUCAAGGGUGCUCUCCGGGUUGACUGGUACGCCCAUCGGCGCCAACGGUAAUAACAACUGGCUCAGCUGUGACGAGUUCCCCUGGAACGCGAUGGAAGAAGGCGGGAAUCCGAAUAAGAACAGUCGGACGUGUGUGCGGGCUGGCAGCAAAAUAUGCAAGGGUGGUUCAACGGCAUCCUCAAUAACAUGGUGCAGGAGGUGA